AUGUCGAUGAUUAAUGAGAGCAAUUCAUCAUUGAUGAGUUCAAUUUCGACAAACAAUUUCCUACGCGAUUGCAUCGAUUUAGCAAUUGAUGGCUUUUUAUUUCGUGGUAUCACACCAGCGGAUCAUUACCAACGCUUUUCGAAAUCAUUUCCCAAAGCUUUCACACUUUUAUCAUCGUAUUCGAAUCCAUCAGGAACAUCGAUGAUCACGACGCCCAAACAGUCUCAUCACCAUACAACAACAACAACAUCAACAUCUUCUUCGUCUGUCAAACAAGCGAGCAUCCAUCACUCUCGAACGAAUAAUGUUCCGCCCCUUGAUCUUUCAUCAUUAAAUUCACAUAUAUUACUUGAACAACAGCCUGUCUCGACAAUUAUGUCAACGAAUACUCCUGGAAUCACAAUCAAAACCAAAAAAACCGUUUACAGUCCAAAAGAUUCGAUAUCUUCAUCGUCUACAACUGAUCGUCGAGUGAACAGCGCUCGUCGACCAGGCGUAAGUACAACGACAACGACGACGACGACAACAACAACAACCAAAACGCCUCUUGUUAUAUCGAACACUCCGAAUACACCUUUAUCAUCAAAUGAACAUUCUCCAUCUGUCCAUUCUCUUAACCCUAAACGACCUGUAACAGCGCCAAGUCCCUCGUCAGAUAUCUGGAAUUCUCCUCAACAACAAAUCAGUCCACUGGAAUUCGAAGCGCGUGAUAUUCAAGAACGAAUGAGUAAGCAUCGGGUACGACAUGGUCGGCCAAAUGAUCUUUCUCAAAUGACGCCAAAGCAAGUUUACGAUGAAAAAUGUGAUAUGCAGCAAGAAUUAUUACGUUUCGAAAACAAAUAUUCCAAGCCAACGACAAGUGAACAAAAACGUAUUAUGAAGCCAUUGUAUGAUUAUUAUCGUCAAUUAAAACGUCUUGUUGAAAAGCAACAGCAAACUUAA